AAAAAAAUAAUGGAGAUCUCUGCAUUUACUCUCUCUCCCUCGACGCCAUUUCUCAAUACCAAAAAAUUUACAAACCGGAGCUCCUACCUUAAAUUCAAUCCGAUUUCGCUCUCUUCAUCGAAUAGAUCGCUUGAUCUCAACCCCAUCCAUGGCCACUCUGAUUUGGCCGCUCAUAGAUCGUCUCCAAUUUGUUCCUCUUCGCGUUUCAGCACCUGGAUAUCUGCUCGACCUUUCGUCUCCGAUCGGUGGAAGCGGGAUUUUCGGGUGGAAGCUACGUCGAUUCCCAAAAAUGCUGACGAGAGCUCGAAAUCGAGCAGUUUGAUCCAAACGUUGGAGAUUGCGCUUAUGUUUGGCCUCUGGACUCUUUUCAACAUCUACUUCAACAUUUAUAACAAACAGGUUCUGAAGGUUUAUCCGUUCCCAGUAACUGUCUCCACCUUUCAAUUCUUUACAGGGACUGUGCUUGUCAUUUUAAUGUGGGCAUUUAAUCUCUAUAAGAGACCAAAAGUUAGUCGUUCGCAGCUUGUAGCAAUCAUACCGUUGGCCUUAGUGCACUCAUUGGGAAACCUAUUCACCAACAUGAGUCUUGGAAAAGUUGCUGUUUCUUUUACGCACACAAUCAAAGCUAUGGAGCCAUUUUUCUCAGUUCUGCUCUCUCUCUUGUUUCUUGGGGAGACGCCCACUGUCUGGGUUGUGGGUUCCCUUGUACCAAUUGUUGGUGGUGUAGCAUUGGCAUCUCUAACAGAAGCCUCUUUUAAUUGGGCUGGGUUUUGGAGUGCAAUGGCUUCCAACCUGACUAACCAGUCACGUAAUGUCCUCAGCAAAAAGGUCAUGGUUAAGAAAGAGGAAUCCAUUGACAAUAUCACUCUUUUCUCAAUAAUAACGAUCAUGUCAUUUAUCAUGUGUCUCCCUCUGACUCUCUUCAUGGAAGGUGUCAAGUUUACUCCUGCAUACAUGCAAGCUGCUGGCUUGAAUGUUAAAGAAGUAUGCCUGAGGUCUCUACUUGCUGCUCUCUGUUACCAUGCUUAUCAACAGGUUUCUUACAUGAUAUUACAGAGGGUGUCCCCUGUUACACACUCUGUGGGCAACUGUGUGAAGCGGGUAGUGGUCAUUGUGACCUCAGUUCUCUUCUUCCAGACUCCGGUCUCUCCCAUCAAUUCCCUUGGAACUGGUGUGGCUCUUGCAGGAGUAUUCUUGUACUCUAGGGUCAAGCGGAUAAAACCAAAGCCCAAAGUAGCAUAAGUUAUAGGAGAGAGUAUCUGUAACUACUACAAUCAGGGAACAAAAUCUUCUAUCAUAGUUAGUAUUUAAGUUUAGCUGGGUCAUGUAGAAGAAUGUUUGUCUUGUCAUAGCUUUUUAUUCUUUCUCCGCUUCUCUCAAAAUUUUCUGUACAGGGCUGGAUUUGGAGCCAAAAAGAUUCUUCUCUAAUUUCAGUUCUUGAUUAGUUGUAUUGACUGAAGCAAGAGAUGAUCUACCGAUGA